CGGCGACGCGCGACGACACGCGAAGCGCGCGGGCGCGAUCGAAGGGAACGGGCGUUUAGGGAACGCGCGCGAACGGACGGACGGACGCGCGGACGGACGGCGGACGGCGGACAUGCUGACGCGGGACGACAGCGCGAAGGCGCGACGCGGCGACGAUUUCGGAAAGGGCGCGACGCCGCGGUGCGUGACGGGGUUCGGCGCGAGCGAUGGAUCGACGACGACGUCGGCGCGAUCGACGCCGUCGACGAGCCCGCCGUCGGUGACCGUGGGGGCGUCGACGAGCCCGCGACGGGCGCUGCUCGCCGAGGCGCUGCGAUCGCGGGCGCGCGAUGGCGCGGACGGGGGAACGACGCGCGACGCGCGCGCGCGACGGUCGCCGAGCGAGGACAGCGAGUAUUCGUGCGAUGAGAAUUUCGUUUUAAAGAGUGCGGGCGGUGGUGUGGAUGUCGGCGCGCGCGCGCGCGUUGGGAGCGGGCGAGACGUCGAUGCCGACGUGGCGGUGCGCGAGGCGAGGGACUCGGACGAGGGGGGCUUCGCGUGCGAGUCGCGCGCGGCGUCGACGCCGAUCGACAUCCCGCGCGGGAGCGAUGGAAUGUUACACUGGAAAACAUGCGUUCAAACGCGCGAGCGAGCGACGCGGGCCGAUGCGCGACGCGCGCGAGGCGACGCGCGAGCGAGCCCGCCCGUUUUCGGGUGUUCUGACCUAA